AGUAGCAAUCAAGAAGUGCAACAUUAUCACCCAGUUUGAUUAGAAGAAGAAAACUGUCCACCGUUCAAACAGUCCCCUUUUUAUUUAAAAAUGAUAUAGUGUCAGGCUGGUACAGAGGAGAAGAAUGGAUGCUCUCGCUCGCAUGCUUACAGAGCCUCUAGAUCCUAAAGAGGAAAACGAUGGUCAAAUCACAGAGGAAUGUUUGCUUGGGAACUGCAGGUUGAACCUUCCAGAGGACCUGCUUGAGGAUCCUGAAAUUUUCUUCUCUGUGAUGAGUGAGAGCACCUGGAAUGAAGUACUGACUGAUAGCCAGAGACAACACCUACGCCAGUUUUUGCCACAGUUUCCUGACAAGGAUGUUGAGGAGCAAGACCGUACCAUCAGUGACCUGUUCAACAACAGGAAUUUUAACUUUGGAAACCCUCUUCAUCUUGCACAGAAGCUAUUUAGAGAUGGUUUCUUCAAUCCUGAGGUGGUCAAGUACAGACAAUUGUGUUCCAAGUCCCAGAGGAAGCGCCAUUUGUACUCCCUUCAGCAGUAUUACCACAGACUGUUGAAGGAGAUCCUUGUUUCCAGAAAGGAGCUGCUGGAUUUUGCAGCUCACAAUGGUCUGGACUUUCCUCCAAAAAGAAGGUUGCCGAACAAGACUCAAGCUGAAAUGCGGGAGCCGAGGGUGCGAAGAAGAUUGAGUCGCAUACUGAAGGAGGUCAAAACUGAGUGUGGAGACAGCAAUGCUUCAUCUGAUGAUGAUGACAUGUCAUUAUGGACUCCAGCACCUCAAUCUCCCUCCUCUCCAUCGCCCACCGUCUCACUCAGAGUUCUUCCCAGCCUCUCUACCCUAGACAUGAAGACUACUGAAAAAGUAGAACUGGAUGAGCUGGAUUUGAAAGUCAUGCUUCAAAAUCAUCGUGAGAAGAGGAAGCGUCAGCCAGACCAUCCAGAUUUGAUGACCUCUGAUAUCCAUCUUGGAGACAUAAUUUCAAGAACAAAUAUUGGUCGGAAGGGGGCAGUGCCCCUCUUCGAUUUGUCUCUGCCUAAGAAGAAGAUAAGAGAUGAGAGAAGGAAGAAAAAAAUGAGGACAAUAAAAGUGGAGUCUGAGGAUCCUAGUGACACUCUUCCACCUUCAGACGCCUCAUCAGCCCCUCCAGUAAACGUCAUCAAUUGCCAGCCAGAUGCACCAACCACUCCUCAAACCAACAUCAAGGAGGAGAUUGUAGAGGAGCGCCAGAACAGCCCAGUUGCAGUUGAAGAAAUAGCUUUCAGUUUCUUCAGUUUGUUGGAAAGCAUCUUAAGAGCAGAAGGCUUUGCCAGCACUUUAAUGUUGGAGGAAAAGGUUCAGAUGUGGCAGUCUUCUCCAGCUAGUACCCUCAAUGUUUGGUUUUCAUCUGCUUCAUGUUGGUCCGAUUUGGUCCUUCAAGCUCUGCAGUUUCUUGCAGGAGAUGCUAAAGAUGGCAUGAUGGCGCUCCCGAGUGGCUUUUCUCCAUUUGUGGAAUUUGUUGAUGAAUCUCAACAAUGGAGAUGGAUUGGUCCCACUCAGGACACAGAGAAGGACCUCAGUGCACUCUGUCAGCUGUGGCUGGACUCCAAAGACUUCGUUGUCAAGACAGAAAAUGAAGACAUGUUAGAGAUGACUUCUCCCAUACCAAAACUAUCAACUGAUUAUGUGGUGCGGCCCAGCACUGGAGAUGAAAGACAAGUGUUUCAAGUCCAGGAGCAGCAACGAUACAACCAGCCACACAAGGCUUUCACCUUCAGGAUGCAUGGCUUUGAAUCUGUGGUGGGGCCUGUUAAAGGGGUGUUUGAUAAGGAGAUGUCUCUGAACAAAGCCAGGGAGCACACACUGCUUCGCUCAGACAGGCCGCCAUAUGUUACCAUUCUGUCACUAGUACGGGAUGCAGCAGCCAGGUUACCUAAUGGAGAAGGAACAAGGGCAGAGAUUUGUGAACUGUUGAAGGACUCACAGUUUCUUGCUCCAGAUGUCACAAGUGCACAAGUGAACACAGUUGUCAGUGGGGCCCUGGAUAGACUCCACUAUGAAAAAGACCCCUGUGUCAAGUAUGAUAUUGGUCGCAAACUGUGGAUUUACCUUCACCGCCAUCGCAGCCAAGAGGAAUUUGAGAGGAUCCACCAGGCUCAAGCUGCAGCUGCGAAAGCAAGAAAAGCUUUGCAGCAAAAGCCUAAACCAGCAUCAAAACCUAAGUCUGGAAGUAAAGAUGGAAGCAACAAAACCCCUGGAUGUCUGGAGUCAGGACAGGAUAUAGGUUCUAAUCCCAUGUCACCAGUCCCUACAACGCCCACCCCAAACACACCUGGAAUCCCGAAGUCACCCUUACCCUGCACAGCCACCACACCAACAAAGACUGGAGUCCCAGAUACAAUCAAAACAAGCCCAGGUGUUCUUCUUGUGUCCCCUCCCUCACUGCCCCAACUGGGAGCCAUCUUACCCAGUAGUCAAGCUUGUCCGCCCACAUCCCAGCCAGUUACAUCCCAACACACAGCUCGGAUAGUGAGUCACCUGGCAGCGGGCUCCCUCCCUCAAGUGCGGGUUGUUCCUGCUCAGCCUGGUCUAGGUUCUUCAGCAGCAGGUCAGCAGGCCACUCUGGUACAUCAGACCCCGCAUCAGAUCCGGAUGCCAGUUUCAAUGGCAGCAAAGGGCAUUUCACAGUCAGUGGUUUCUGUACCACUAAGAAGUUCAUCAGGUAGUAGUCCAGUCCAGGUUCCAACCACCCUGUCUGUGUCAGCUGUAACUGUAACCAAACCUCAAACUGGAUCUCCUGGUAGCCCAGCAAACAACCCUACUUCUCCAGCUGUGCUGCAAGGUGUCACCAGCUCCAACAUCAAACAGGUUUCUAUCACAGGACAACUAGGAAUGAAGACUGCAAGCGGGGGAGGAAUUCCAAUCACGGCUACAAACUUGCGCAUCCAGGGAAAAGAUGUCCUCCGUCUUCCACCGUCCUCCAUUACCACAGACGCUAAAGGCCAGACGGUGUUGCGGAUCACCCCUGACAUGAUGGCAACUCUUGCUAAAUCCCCAGUUGCAACUGUCAAACUCACCUCUGACUUUUUGGGAACUGCCACAACAAGCAGCAAGAGCAUAUCUGCCACGCUUCAUGUCACCCCACCCCACCCAUCACCGUCUUCUGCAUCCAGCGCUGCAUCCUGUACAGUGGAAUCACAGACCACAAAGGCAGGCACGGUUACCCCAACCCUAUUGAAAGCUACUGGAGACACAGCCAUACGUUUGAUGCCCACACUGGCUGUUACUGUUGCUGACCAAAAAUCUAGAACCUUCUCAACCGUAACCUCCCCUGACAAGAGUGCCGCCACCAUACGGAUAAUGCCAGGACUUGGUGUUAUUCCACAAAAACAGGGUCAAACUAUCACAAUGACAAACACCACAGGCAGUAAACCACUCACAGGGUCUACAUGUGCUAAUGUUGUGACCAUGGCUGCUAGUGUUGUCGCCGGUGCCAAGGGCAUCACAGUGCCUCCUGGAGCCUCUGCCUCCCCUCUGACGAUAGGAACAGCUACUGCUACUGUACGACAGGUCCCCGCUACAGUUGUGACAACACAAACGGGGAAGUUACCUGCACGGAUUACUGUGCCCCUCUCUGUGCUCAACCAACCACUGAAAAGCAAGAGUGUUAUGACAACACCAAUUGUAAAAGGAAGUCUUAAUACAAACAGUAUCAGCAGCCUGGGUAGGAACAUCAUCCUGACCACCAUGCCUGCAGGCACAAAGCUCAUCGCAGGGAACAAACCAGUCAGUUUUGUGACGGCACAACAGUUCCAGCAGCUUCAGCAGCAGGGACAGGCCACACAGGUUCGGAUCCAAACAGUUCAGGCACAACAGCUUCAGCAGCACAUGGCAGCAGGGUCUCCAAAAUCUGUUUCUACAGUUGUUGUCACAACAGCACCUUCACCCAAAUGUGCACCUGAUCCUCCACCUGCUCCUCAGUAGUAAUCUCAUCUUUCCAGCCAGCUAUGAAUUGAAGGUCCAGUACACCACAAGUGUCAGUAUUUACUCAUCAGAGCUCUGUUGCUCUCAGGCUUUAAUCAUCUUUAUGUGAUUGUAUCCAACUUUUUGUAAGUUGAGCAAUAACAUCCAAAAGAGAAACCUUGAAAUAAAUGCUUUGAGCUUGUGCCAAGAUGUACACAUCCUCUUUAAAAAGGUUUUGACCUUUUUCCAAGUUACCAGGUUCACCUCCUUGAAUAUGACAAUGGGUUUGUUUUUGUCCUGUACUUAAUGUUUUAUUUUAUGUAAUAUUAACAAAUGUGGAGUUAAUUAACCUUGAUCUCAUUUGUUUGAAUGUUGUGACUUAAUAUAUUUGUUCACUUACAA